GGAUACACCCCAUGCCCGCAAAUUAAAACAAAACAAAAGUCAGUCAUGGUUGAUCAGUUCUUUGAAGAGGAUUUACAGAGAAGGAUGGUAGGGCUCGAGGCCGCUCUCCCCGUUAAUCGAACCGCUUUCGAGAGGUUCCCAAGUCAUGAAUUCCCGCGGAAAACGAGUCAGGUAUCGGGUUCGAAUCUCAGAAACAUGAACAAGAGGGCAAUAGAGUUGCUGAGAAGGAACUGGGUGGCGGCGAUGGAGUCAAAGGAACCGGAUAGAGGGCGGAGUUACCGGCACAUGAUCAGCGAGCGAAACCGGAGGGAGAAGCAGAAACAGAGCUAUUUAGCUCUGCAUUCUCUGCUGCCCCAUGGAACCAAGAAUGACAAGAACUCGAUUAUUCAAACAGCGGCCAUGGAAAUUCAGGAGAUGCAGAGGAAAAGAGAAGAGUUGAGGAGGAGAAACAAAGAGCUGGAGGCAGAAUCAGAAGAAGAGAAAGAAGGAGUGUUCAAGAUCAGAUUAAGGGUGGGUAACGCCGCAUCCGGUGUUGAUUCAAUGGUGGAGGUUCUGAAGUGCGUGAAGAAUUUGGGAGUGCAAACCACAGCCAUCCGCUCAGAGUUCUCUACGCAGGAACUCUCUGCAACACUCAAGAUUGAAACCAUGCAGAUGGAGGCCGCCGAUUUGGAAAAUGCGGUGCAGAGAGCUCUGCAUGAAGCAGGGAGGAAGCUGCAGCCCAAUUUCCGAGAAGAAGGAGAGGGUGGUAUACGAAGAAAUUAAAAUUAAAUAAGAGGAGAGUAUAACUUGUGGGGAAAAGAAAUGGAGAUUCUGGUUUACCAACUUCCAAGAGAAGAGCAACGCGUGGACAGUCUGAUCCACUGCAGGUCAUUGCAGGGGUUGACGGCAUUAAUUAAUUAAUAACGGAUUGUAAAUUAUGUAUGACUCCCAUUAGUUAAUUAAUUAAAUAUGUUACUUAUUUGAAGAA